AUGCCACCUGGUGACCCUCCGCCCGCUCCCGCCUCCGCUGAUGCCCAGCAGCGCGCCAAGGACGCGGCCGCGCAGGAGAAGACCCGCCAGGACCUGGUUGGCGCCACCGAUGAGGCUGCCAAGGCCGCCGCCGCCGCUCAGGAUCGCGUCCUCACCGCCCAGGACGUUCUCGCGACGGAACGCCAGGCCGCUGCCGAUCUCGAGCGCGUCGCGGCCGCUGCUCGCGGCGCUGCCUUCCCACCUGGCGACGGCGGCGCCCACAACGACGCCAGCGCCGUCGACGACCUCGACGUCCACGACUACGAGGCCGCCACCAUCGCCAAUCUCCACGCGCAGGCGGCGGGCGUCCAGAACAUCCGUGCCCUCGUGCCCGUGGUUCUGGACCCCCUCUCCGUCCACUACAACCGCUGGCGCGACCUCGUCCUCCUCACCCUUGAGCGGUACGCCCUCGCCGACCACGUCCUCUCCGACGCCGCCUUCCCCGCCGUGCCGUCCUGGCGGCGCAUGGACGCCGUCGUCCUGUCGUGGGUGCUGGGCACGCUUUCCCCCGAGCUGAUGGAGUCCGCCCGCACCCACAAUGGCACAGCACGCCUCUCCUGGAUCACCGUCGAGGCGCAAUUCCUUGGCAACCGCGAAGCUCGCGCCCUUCGCCUCGACGCCGAAUUUCGUGUCUUCGUGCAGGGCGACCUCUCGAUCGACGACUACUGCCGCAAGAUGAAGGGGAUGGCCGACGCUCUCGACGACCUCGGCGAAGUCAUCCGCGAUCGCACCCUCGUCCUCAAUGUGCUGCGCGGCCUAAACGAGAAAUUCGCCCACAUGAAGGUCCACUUCAAGCGCUCCAAGCCGUUCCCUUCCUUCGAUGAGGUCCGCAACGACCUCAUCCUCGAGGAGAUCGACUCCAGCGUGCCAACACCACCUCCGGCGACCGCCCUCGUCGCUGCUCCAAUGCGGCCUUCUGGCGGCUCUGCUCCCCCCGACACCCGCUCCACUGGUGGCCCGGCGGCGCCCCACGGCGGAUCCACCAUCUCCACAUCGCCCUCCGGCAGCACCGGCGGCGGCUCUGCCGGCAGAGGUUGCCGGCGCCGUCGUGGCAACGGCGACGGCAGCGGCAAGGCCACGGCGCCAUGGCCCUCGAUCUACAACCCAUGGACCGGGCAAAUCACCAUGUGGCCCGGUCCGCAGCAGCGCGGUGGCUAG